UUUUUUUUUUUUUCUUUGUCCUCCAACCCUUUCCACUCUUUUUUUUUUUUUUUGUAUUACUAUGAAGAUUGCUCUCGUUCAACUUCACAUUGAUCAUAAAAACAAAUCCAAUAACUGGACUCGUGUAGAAGACUAUAUGGUCAAAGCAGCUAAACAAAAAGUGGACCUUAUUGUGUUUCCCGAAUUUUUUCUUGGUGGACCUGGAAGAAGUUCGUCUUUAAAAAACGCUACUGAACGUCUCGGAGCUCUUGCACGGAAAUAUCAAAUGGAUCUGGUACCUGGUACGAUUGUGGAACAUGAUGAAGAACAAAAUGUAUAUCGUAAUACCGCUUAUUAUAUUGAUUAUACCGGUCGUGUCUUACUCAAAUAUGAUAAGGUACAUUUAUGGCAACAUGAACGAAGUUAUUUGACUCAAGGUGAAUUUGAAUUCAAUACUGUCAAGAAUAGGUUUGGUGUCACCAUCGGGUUGUGUGCUUGUUGGGAUCUUAGUGUACCUGAAGUUUUCCGAGAAUUAGCUAUGAAUGGUGAUGCUCAAUUAAUCAUUAUACCCGCCUAUUGGACUCUUAGUGAAGUGGAUGAUACGAAAUGUGAUCUUGAAAGUGAAUACAAGUUAUUACAAGGAUUAUUGACGGCUCGAGCGUUUGAAAAUCUCACCUGUGUAGCCUUUUGUAAUGCAGCACGACGCCUUCCUCAUGGCAACAACGAAGAAUUGUUGCGAAAACAAGAACGUCGAUUUGGUAUUGUAUCCGGAGCAAGUCAGAUUGUGGUUCCAUUCAAAGGUACAGUGGCUUGCAUUGAUAGUGAUCAAGAAGAUAUGUUGAUUCAUGAUUUACCUGUCGUACCCAUUGUCCAUGAUGCUGAUAAGGAAUUCAAAAUUCGUUCCGAAUGGCAUAAACAUCGUAUCUUUCCUGGUCGUGGCUUUUCUUCUUCAUCAUCGUAUCUCGAUGCCAAAUUAUAAUAUAGAUUGUCAUUCUUAUAAAUAAAAAAAAAAAGGUUUACUUUUUAACUUUUAUACAUCAGCAUUAUUCUCGUACAACAUUAUCUCAAUGUAAUUAUUCCCAAAAAAAAAAGGCUCAUGCGUAGGUGCAUCUUAUCAUUGGAAGUUACCAUCUAAACAUCACAAGUUAUCCAUUGUUCUCAGAACAAAUUCAAAACAAUAAAUAUCCUAUUUAAGUAAUAAAA